AUGUAUAGGAAAAAAUGGUAUAAUUUCAGAAAAAUCAAUGAGGGUUUUGAGCUUGAACCAGAAAUAAUUCAGAAAGCGCAGUGUAUUUCAAGGAUUAAUUUUACACAUGUAGCAUUUAACUGUAAUGAAGAACAUUUUGUUGCGACCGACACAGCAGGAUAUUUAUAUUACAUCGACUUAUUAAAUAGUUGUCCUUCCUACCAAAAAUUAGGAAAUAUCGGACGAGCAACAUUCGUGGCAUUUAAUCCUAUAAAUGAAUUGGAAAUAUUAGUUGGUCUCACUACAAGUGACAUAAAAAUUUUAAGAGUAAAUGUAAAUAUUUCACAAUUUUGUUUGCUAAUUGCUCAUAAACUACCACCAAUACAUGUUUCGGCUCAACAAUUAAAAGUAAAUACAAAAAAUGUUGUGGUAAAGAAAGCAAGCUUUUCAAACUUAGGGCACAUUGUUGUACUAUAUUACAAUGAUAAUUUUCAAAUAUGGAACUUCAAUCAAUUGGAAAAUGAUAUUAAAAUUGAUACAAAAAUAUAUGGAGUACGAAAUAUUAGAGAUUUUGUUUUUACACAAAAUGGAAGAGCAAUGAUCAUAGCUAGUAGUCAGAACAAAAUUAUCAUUCUAAAUACAUGUAGUUGGAAUCUAAUGAAAAAUUUAAAUUUGCCAGAAAACUUUAUUGGAGUGAAAUAUUUGUCAGUUGUACCAUCACCCUUGGAUGGUGGAGCAAAUAACAUAAUAGCAUGUGUUUCAUCAAGUUGCAAUCUUCACUUCUUUGAUUUGAGCCAAUCUUGUUUGAUUGACACUUUGCAGCCUAUUGAACCUAUAAAAAAGAUCGUAGUUUCUCCAACUGGAAGAUAUGUAGCAUACAUAGAAAAACAAGGUCAUUUAAAAUUAACAUUUACUGAAAAAAUAUUUUCACAAAAGUGUGGUACUGUAAAAAAAUUAAAAGAACCAUGUAGGCCACUCGCACACGGAAUACAUGAUCAUUUACGAUGUGUUAAACAGGGUAUAAAGCAAGAAUUGCGUUUAGAAAGAUUAAUACUUAUUUUGAAAGAAUUUGGAGAAUACCCCGAAAAAUAUCGUGUAUUAAUAUGGUCAACUAUCUUAAAGUUGCCAGCCAACAAAAGUGCAUACAAUGCAUUGGCUAAUGAAGCUGCAAAUACAAAUUAUACUUUAGAUAUUUUGAAGAGCUGUCCACUAGCAAGUAGAAGUAAAAGGAUGUUAUUGAUGACAACAGUUGGUUGUUUAAUACAAUGGUGUCCUUUAUUAGUCCAAUGUUCAUUUUUACCAAAUUUAGUUUUUCCAUUUCUUAUGAUCUUUCAGAAAGAUCUUCUAUUUGGCUUUGAACUCAUCUUAAGUAUAUUACUGAACUAUUGUCAAAAGUGGUUUGAAUAUCAUCCUUUACCACCCUUAAAUGUGUUGGGUAUAAUAGAAAAUGUUCUUCUACAAACAGAUCCAACUUUGUUAAAUGUUUUUUGUGAACGAGGAAUAACAUCCAGUGAAUAUGCAUGGCCAUUAUUACAGACUGCAAUGAGUGAAGUCUUGUCUGGCCCUGAGUGGUUAAUUUUAUGGGACCAUUUAAUAUCAUUUAAAAAACCUUCACUCCUAUUGAUGAGUGUUGUUGCAUACAGCAUUUGUUCUCGCGAAAUUAUAAUUUCAUUAGAUACUCAAGAAAAUAUUAAGAAAUAUUUUACUAAACAAGGUCAUAUUGGAGCACAUGAAUUAUUAAAGGUUGCUCAGCAACUUGAUGACAAUAUACCAUUAAGAAUACAUCCUAAUCACUAUCUCAGAAAAGAAAUAAUUACAUUGUCUCCCAACGGACCAUAUACACCAGAUUUGGUGCUCGAUUUUCCAAAAUUUUUAACUGACGAAAUUUCUGUCUUUGAAUUGGAAAAAUUAAAAGAAAAAGAAAGAAUUAUGCGUGAACAUAAUCGUAAAGCUAUGGAACUUGCAGAGGCUAAUAGAUUGAAACAUGAAGCAAAAUCUUUUAUGGAUCAAAUCCACCAAAUAAGAUUAAAUGAAGCACAAAGAUGUUUUAAAGAACACUUAUUUGAUGUGAACUGGAAAUUAAAAGCAACAGAACAACAGUCAGAAACAUUGCAAAGUAGACGUGAAUGUGUUUCUGAUGAAUUUUACGAUGUUCCAAAUUUAAAUUUAGAUAUUACAAGUGACGAGGACAUCGUAGGUUCGAAAGAUGAUGAAACAAAACAUUAUGAUCAAUUGCGGCAAGAUGUAGACAAAUUAGAAUAUGAAGUACAAAACCUUUUAACUUCCUUAAGAUCUGAAAAAUCAAGAAUAGUUUCCAUUUAA